UAUGUUAGCGACUGUACACAGAUAGAAGGUUAGCUAGCAGUUAACGCUGAAAUCGACCUAGUAGCUACAUAACAGCGUUACAUCACUGGGUCGUAUCCCACCUGGGAAAUAUCGGCCUAGAGAAGCGUAUUUCUGAAUUCACUGUGACAUUCGUACUGUACGCUGACCUGUUCAAACAAGAAAGUUAAAGCACCGUGACUUUGCAAAUUAUAUAUUUUUUCCAAGGUGGCUGUAAGGACGCCACUGAGUUUCAUCGUGCCCCGGUAUUGAUCCAAGGACAUAGUUAUGUCCUGUCCGUGCACGUCGGCUGCCAGGUUGUUCCUAAACACUGCACACAGAGGAUUGUCCUGCUCCCGGAUUCAGUUGUUUUCUCUGAGUCGUCAGGGUUCUCGGGAAACUCAUUUACAUCCCAAGGUACGAGUGAGGUCUUUUUCAGAGACCGCUGUCUGCUAUGCCGCUAAAGAUGGAACAACAAAGGACAGUGGGAGUGAUGGUGGAAAGAAGAGUAUCAGUGAGGGGAAGAGACAGUCUGGGUCCGGAGGAUCAGGCAAGGGGGGAAGCCAGCUACGCUGCCCUAAAUGUGGAGAUCCCUGCACACAUGUAGAGACCUUUGUAUCAUCAACACGAUUUGUCAAAUGCGAGAAAUGUCAUCACUUUUUCGUGGUUCUGUCUGAGACGGACUCUAAAAAGGGACUAAACAAAGAGCCAGAAUCUGCUGCAGAGGCAGUGAAACUGGCAUUUGCACAAAAACCUCCCCCUCCUCCUAAGAAGAUAUAUGCUUACCUUGACAAGUACGUUGUUGGCCAGUCCUAUGCAAAGAAGGUGUUAGCAGUUGCAGUGUACAAUCACUACAAACGCAUCUACAACAACAUUCCUGCUGGGAGUCGACAGCAGGUGGAGGUGGAAAAACAGCCUUCUCUAACACCUCGUGAACUAGAGAUGAGAAGACGAGAGGAUGAGUACAGGUUCACAAAGCUGCUGCAAAUUGCAGGGAUCAGUCCUCAUGGAAAUGCUCUGGGAGCGUCCAUGCAGCAGCAGGCAAGCCAGCAGCCACCGCAGGAGAAGAGGGGCGGGGAGGUCCUGGACUCCACACACACCGACAUUAAACUGGAGAAGAGCAACAUCAUACUUCUGGGCCCCACUGGCUCAGGAAAGACGUUGUUGGCGCAGACACUGGCCCGUUGUCUGGAUGUUCCUUUUGCAAUAUGCGAUUGCACCACACUAACUCAAGCUGGAUACGUGGGGGAAGACAUUGAGUCUGUUAUUGCCAAACUGCUGCAAGAUGCUAACUACUCUGUGGAAAAAGCACAACAAGGUAUUGUGUUUCUGGAUGAGGUUGAUAAGAUUGGCAGUGUUCCUGGAAUCCAUCAGCUGAGAGACGUAGGAGGAGAGGGAGUCCAGCAGGGGUUGCUUAAACUCUUGGAGGGCACAAUAGUCAAUGUUCCUGAGAAAAACUCCAGGAAGCUGAGAGGCGAAACAGUGCAGGUGGACACAACAAAUAUUUUGUUUGUUGCUUCUGGUGCUUUCAACGGACUCGACAGAAUCAUCAGCAGAAGAAAGAAUGAAAAGUAUUUGGGUUUUGGAACUCCCUCCAACAUGGGGAAAGGGCGGCGCGCGGCCGCCGCCGCCGACUUGGCCAACAGCAGCGGCGAGACGGACACGGUGGCCGAGAUUGAGGAGAAGGACCGCCUGCUGAAGAUCGUGGAGGCCAGGGACCUGAUCGAGUUCGGAAUGAUCCCGGAGUUCGUGGGUCGCCUCCCUGUGGUCGUGCCUCUGCACAGCCUGGACGAGGAGACGCUCGUCAGAAUCCUGACCGAGCCGCGCAAUGCCGUGGUGCCCCAGUACCAGGCUCUGUUCAGCAUGGACAAAUGUGAACUCAACGUGACUCCAGAUGCCCUGAGGGCCAUAGCCAAGAUGGCUCUGGAGAGAAAAACUGGAGCUCGUGGGCUCAGAUCCAUCAUGGAAAAGCUCCUUCUCGAGCCCAUGUUUGAGGUGCCGCACUCUGACAUCAUGGCUGUUGAGCUGAACAAAGAAAUUGUCCUAGGAAAAUCCCAACCAACCUACGUCAGAGCGCCAGCCAAGGAGCCCGCAGAGGAGGAGUACGACUCUGGCAUCGAGGAGGAGAACUGGCCCCGGCAGGCGGACGCAGCCAACAACUGAGCCACAUGUCACUCAUUUCUCCUGAAGACAGUCUGUGAAAUCAUUAGAUCUUUAUGAACCUUUCUAUACCCACUCUGGAUUUUACUGUAGCCUCUGACAAACACGCUGUGGACACUGUUAGUGGUGAUAAUGGAGUCCUGUGGUUUGCACUACAGAGUGUUUUCCCGAUGAACAAGUUAAAGCGAGCGCAACAAACUUUGUCCCGUGCAUAAGAUGUUAAUUCUCUAGCACUCACGGUGGACCUUCAUAAACUAUUUCAAUCUCUGCGGAUUGUUAACAUUUUUAUCUAUAUGAAGAUAAUGCAAUUUUAUUCACAAAAAGGAUUUGUAGCCAGUUUAUUUGUGUUCUCUAUUUUUGGUGGUGACUGGCUGUAUUGGGAAGGGAAGAAAAAUGACAUAAUGGGAUCCUAGUGUACACCUCAAAAAGAAGUGGAACUGAGUGAGUGUAGAUGGAAACAUGUCAAGUAAAGCCUUGUAUCAUAAGGGCCUAAUAUUACUUAAGCACAUUAAUAUUCUGAAGUGUUCUCCUUUGCCACCAUUUUUAAAAAAUGGUGCUCACAGCAAAAUACAUUUGUAAGCAGUUUGUAAGACACAGCCUCUGAUUAGGAGAACACAUGGUGACCUUUUUAAACCGAUGUUUUGCUUCACGUACAGCCCACCAUUCAGGGAACGUGUCUGUUCCCGAUUACCACAGGACUGGAUCACAAGAAGAUUAGCAGGUUGCCCGCUAACUUGCAAGUGUUAUUUAAUUAUGAUGCAAUAUUUAGUUUUGUAGUCGAUACCCUCCAACAUACAGUUAAAGACCGAAUCACAGCUUUAAAUUUUAAAGCUUCAUCAUUGUGAAACGAAAUCCUAAUCGGAGAGAGAUUCUUUCCCGGUUGUCUGCUCUAAACCUGCUUUGUCAGACGCCCCCAAAGACAAUGCAGAUGUUUUUAUUUUCACUGUGCGUCCCUCAGCGCUGGCAACCCACACCUCAGUGUUAGUGAUGUAAUAUCCUGUUACUAAAUAGUAUCUAAAUCCACGCGUCUGUAAUCAAGCCUGAAUGCUCUCCGACGGAACUGAACCACGCUGCUGUACUCUUUGAAACGCUGUUUGUGCUUUAACAUGAGAUUAAACUAGAUCGAUCGUCCUUUGCUUUUAAGUUUCCUUUUUUCCUUCAGUUCAGUCUAAAAUCUGAUUUUGUUUUCAGAGGUCUGUUACAGAACCUGUAAAAUCCCCCAGUUUGUGGAUCUAAAAUGAUGUGAUUGUUGAAAAUAUAUAAAUAAAAAUGUAAAUCUCUGUACAGAA